AUGGCCCCAACGAUAAUCACAACGACCCUCGCAGGAGGGAAACCCCCAAGCCUGCUGACCGUUGCCCGCGCCGCGGCCACAGCAGCUGGCUCAACAGCCACUGCCGUCGCACUCUCCCGUCGCGAUCUCAACCCCACGCAUACCCAGAAAGUUACUCUCGGCAUCAUCGCCGCUUAUGUCGUAGGCAUCGCAUUGCUGUGGAAUCUGCCCUAUGUGCGUUGGGUUCUAUGGCCUUUCAAGAUGCUAGUCAUCGCCUUCCACGAAUUCGGCCACGCCAUAACCUGCGUCCUCACCGGCGGCCGCGUCCUUUCCAUCUCCCUCGACCCGCGCGAAGGCGGCGUAACUCGUAUGGAAGGCGGCCGCCAAGCAUUCACCCUCCCGGCAGGCUAUCUGGGAUCCUCCCUCAUCGGUGCACUACUCACCUUCGCGGGAUUCAACAUCGUAGCGAGCAAGAUUGCAAGCAUCGUGAUUGGUGUAUGUUUCCUUCUGACGAUUUGGUGGGGGAGGAGGGAUUGGUUGACUAUUGGGACGGUGCUGGCCGCGGUGGGUCUGUUGGUUGGAUGCUGGUUUAUUGCGCAUGCCGAGGCGCUGAGGUAUGUGGUGCUGUUUAUUGGAGUCAUGUCGUCGUUGUAUAGUGUUUGGGAUAUCUGUGACGACCUUAUCCUUCGCAAAGUCAAUUCCUCCGAUGCGAGCGUCUUUGCCAAGCGCUAUGGUGGCUCGUCCCAGUGCUGGGGCGUUAUCUGGUCCAUCAUCUCGCUAGGGUUCAUGGUUGGCGGUAUCCUCGCCGGUCUCGCGGCCUUCAAGCAGUCGGCUUCGGAGCAAAGGGAGGAUUCGAAGAACUUCAUCCCGACUAAGCUCUUCUAG